AUGCUCGCGACCCCGCAAGUACCCGAUAUCGCUUCGCUAUCGAUUUCGUCAAUGGCAGACUAUCAUAACUACGAGUUUCCCGGCAAAGACGCACAACGGGAAGCUGUGCUGGAUCUCGUAGAUCGGCAAGGUUUCAUACCCGAUGACGUGAUCGAGCAUGAAGUGGACUGGUUCUACGAGUCGCUUGGAAUCGAUGACCUUUUUUUCUCGAAGGAAAACCCGGAAAUGAUUGCCAAUAUCAUACAUACGCUGUACGCGUCAAAAGUACAGUCGUUUGCGAAAAUUCGGAUUCGAGGUGCGAUGACCCCUGAAGCCAUGCCAGCGGCGCCAGAGGCUCAGCUGGAUGGCCAUUUUGACUCGCAAACGGAAAACACCUUCCAAGUCAAGAGCAAAAUCGUAACGGACUCCCAUGCGGUUUUCAUGGAAACUGGGUUCAGUCUUGACACCCAGAUCGAUGACGCGUUUUUGGACAGUACUGCAGAGUCAUACCGACUCGUAUCUUUUAUAGCAGAAAAUUCGCUGAAACUCACAUUUGUGUAUCGAACCGCGUUCGUCACCGACGGGGCCAGUGCUGCCAAGAUAUCGCAGGAACAGCUCAUUCACGGCGAUGUCGACAGUAUCUGUGAUGCCACGAUGGUCAAGGUCACUUCUGCCAAGAACAAACGAUUGUACGGGCUGAUAAUGAAUCAGCUACGUCAGCGAGAAGGUCCCGUCAUCAAGACGUUCCAUUCCGUCGCAGACGCAGAUGAAGUCAGAAUCUUGAUCGGUUUCAAGCGCGGCACCACUAAGCGCUACUACAGCGCGUUAUCGUCGCUGUUGCACUACUAUCACUUAAAGCCUUCCAAGAUUUACCUCGAAACUUUUGCCAACGACGUUGUGAUUUACUCCGUCUACUUGAGCCAGGCACAACAAAACGAAGUGGCACUUCAAAACUUGUCGAUGUCCAUUUUGCAAGUCGAAAGAGAAGCAUCUCUCAUGUAUGCCAUUCCUAGCAAUUUUUUCCAAGACCUGUACCAGCAGCGGCAAUUUUCGCCUCAGGAAGCCAUUUACGCACAUGUCGCUGCAAUUUUCAUCAACCAUUUCAUCAACAGACUGGGUGAUGAUUAUGAAGAGUUGCUCACCGAACUCAACGUUUCCAGUGCCACCGCGAAAAACAGCAACAGUUUGCUAGAAGUGCUUGAUAAUUUGAAGAAGAAACUUAGAAAUGAAACUUAUACGCAACAAAUGAUCAUUGAUGUGCUUCACAAGUACAGCCAAAUCGUCUCCAAACUUUACAAGAAUUUUGCACAGAUUCAUUACGUUUCCUCUUCUAAGUUCGAAAAAACACUCUCUUAUCAAAGACUUUCGCAAUUGGAGCCCUUCAAAAAUACUGCGGAGUUUGAACUUUAUUUGAACAAAUACAUCCCAAACGAUUCUCCUGCAUUACUAGUCCUGCAAACGCUGAGCCUUUUCAACAAAUCUAUUUUGAAGACAAAUUUCUUUAUUACAGGCAAAGUCGCCAUUUCCUUCCGACUAGAUCCUUCGAUCAUCAUGCCACGGACAGAAUUCCCGGAAACCCCAUAUGGGAUUUUCUUCGUUGUGGGUAACACUUUCAAAGCAUUUCAUAUAAGAUUCAGAGACAUUGCAAGGGGUGGUAUUCGUAUCGUUUGUUCCAGGACGCAGGACAUUUACGAUGCCAACUCUAAAACUGUGAUUGACGAAAAUUAUCAGCUUGCAUCUACUCAACAGCGUAAAAAUAAAGAUAUUCCAGAGGGCGGUUCAAAGGGUGUCAUCUUGUUAAAUCCGACGAUGACGUCUCAAGAAGAAACCUUUUUAGCAUUUUCUCAAUAUGUCGAUUCGAUCAUUGACAUCUUGAUUAAAGAUCCCUUAAAGGAAAAAUAUGUGGAUUUGCUGAAAAAGGAAGAGAUCUUGUUCUUUGGACCUGAUGAGGGAACGGCAACUUUUGUCGACUGGGCAACCAAGCAUGCCAAGAGUAGAGGGUGUCCAUGGUGGAAAUCGUUUCUCACCGGAAAAUCACCUCAAAUGGGUGGAAUUCCGCAUGACGUCUACGGUAUGACAUCUCUAAGUGUGCGCUCUUAUGUCAACGAAAUUUACAAGACUUUGGGCUUGGAAAAGCAAUGUGUGAGAAAAUUUCAAACGGGUGGACCUGACGGUGACUUGGGCUCGAACGAAAUCCUUUUGUCUUCUCCUAACGAAGUAUACGUGGCAUUGGUAGAUGGCUCGGGUGUAUUAUGCGAUCCAAACGGACUUAGAAAAGAGGAGCUGAUCAGACUUGCUCGUGAGAGGAAGAUGAUUUCGUUUUUUGACGUUUCGAAAUUAAGCGCCCAGGGCUUUUUCGUCUCAGUCGACGAAGUGGACAGACCGCUCCCAAAUGGAGUCAUAGUGGCUAACGGGACCACGUUUAGAAACACGUUCCACUUGGAACUCUUCAAAUUUGUCGAGAAAGUUGAUCUUUUCGUGCCCUGUGGCGGGCGACCAAAUUCCAUCGACAUUGGCUCAUUACAUUUCUUAAUCGAUGCGAAAACCAACAAAUGCAAGAUUCCAUACAUCGUAGAGGGCGCAAACUUGUUUAUUACGCAAACUGCUAAACUGGCACUCGAAGAACAUGGCUGUCUGUUGAUCAAAGACGCCACGGCCAACAAAGGCGGUGUGACAUCCUCGUCGAUGGAAGUUUUGGCUUCUUUGGCGCUCAAUGAUGCUGAUUUCAUCACCAAAUUCAUUGGCAAUGAUCCAAGCGUACGGUCUCCAUUGUACCAACAGUACGUGAGUGAAACACAAGCAAAAAUUCAAAGAAAUGCCAAAUUGGAAUUUCAACAAUUGUGGGCCCUAAAUCAAAAGACCAAGACCCCGAUUUCAGAGUUGUCAAAUGUGUUGUCGCGAGUCAUCAACAAACUCAACGACGAACUUACCGAUUCAAGUGAAAUUUGGGCCAAUGAUUUGAAAUUGAGAAAUUAUCUUCUGUUGCAGGAAAUCAUACCAAAACGUUUGAUAGACGUGGCAGGCAAUGAAGCAAUCUUGCAAAACAUUCCGGAAUCAUAUUUGAGAGCAUUGCUAUCCAGUUUUUUGUCCAGCACUUAUGUCUACAAGAAUGGAAUUGACGUAAAUGUCGGCAAAUUUUUGGAAUUCAUCGGCGACUUGAAAAGGAAAGCUGAGCAGUAA